UACUAUGGAGGAAGAAAAAUUCAUUGAGCUCAAAACUGUUACCACAAAGUUUGUGAAUUCUUCUCCUACACCAAAAAUUGUUAGAAUCUCAUAUACUGAUGAAUAUGCAACAGAUUCUUCAUCUGAAGAAGAACAACAAGAACAUAGCUUUGUUCAACGUGUAACAACAAAGAAAAUGGUGAAAGAGAUUAGAUUCCAAACAUGUUCCACUCAAUCCAACAAGAGAGUCAGUAUGAAGAAACAUGAAGAUGGAGAAAACUACAAUGUGGAUGGUGAAUGUGGUUUGAAACAAGUUCAUCAAAAGUUCCGUGGUGUCCGAAGGCGGCAAUGGGGGAGAUGGGCGGCGGAGAUUCGCGAUCCUCGGCUCGGAAGGAGAAGAUGGUUAGGAACUUAUGAUACGGCUGAAGAAGCUGCUUUGGUUUAUGAUAGAGCUGCAAUUGAGUAUAGAGGUGCUGAUGCUGUUACAAAUAUUAUGGAACCGCCGAAAAAACAUCAUCAACAACAACAAAAGAAAACAUCGAAUAAUGUACGUGACCAAAAUGUUAACGUCAAUGUUCUUGGUGAUUACGAUUCUGUUGAUAAGGAUUGUAAUAAUGGUAGUUCAUCUUCUUCAUCUGUUACUGAAAUUUGGAGCGAAAGAAUAAGUGUGCAAGAAUGGAUUAGAGAGUUAACUGGAGAAGAAUACUUAGAUGAGUCUUUUGGUUCUCUUUGUUCCUAUGAUGAGCUUGUUCUUCCAACAAUGGUAUCUAAUGAGAGUUAUUGCAUGGUUGAUAAUAUUCCUUUUCAUCUUGAAGAAGAUUUUGAAUCAUGUAAAUGGGAGGUUGAUAAUUACUUCAAAUGAAAUUGUAAGUGAUGAGUUUCUUUUGAAUCCAGUUAGAAAAGUUUUUUUUAUCACAUUCUCAGGACCCAAACGUUUCACCGCUAGACCACACACACGCAAACAUCCAGUUAAAAAUGUGAAUGUUAGUUUUUUUUCAUGAACAAUUAUUUUUGUUUAUUUGUCUCUAUUUAAUUUCUUCAUAGCAAUUGUUGUUUUGAAUGUUGCUUGAUUUGUUCACAGAAAAAAACACUAGAGAACACUUGAGAGAGAAAAAAUAUUAU